UCUCAACCAUCCCAUUGUCUCUACUGUUGUGUAACUCUUUAUGACUGGACUUAAUGCCUCGUGAGUCAUCAGCCGUCUUAGUAGCACUUCCAAAGCGGAUAGGUCGAUUGGUUACUGACAGCCAGCUGCCUGAUUGGUGUAACAGGCAAUGUGAAAGCUGCUGGUUUGGUUACUGCGUAGCUCAACUAAUAUAUGAAUUUCUGUUUUUCUCCCUUUAGUCACAUCAGUUCUGCUUCUAUGGUUUAACAUUUCUCAACAUCAGAAAGACAUCUCUAAAGAAUCCCUACCAUUGCCAACUUGAACCACUGUUUGCACUGUGUUGUUGAUGCGAGCCGGAGUGACGAUAUGGACAACAAUCAACCCGACGCAUUUGAUCUUCUCCAAGUAGUCUCCACGGCGCUUCGUCGCCAUGCCUCGAAAGAUGUCUUCGCGAUCGGCGGCAAGAUCGAUGUCGAGACUCUCCAAACUACGAGCUCGGUCAAUCAAGGCCCAAUUGUCAUCCGCUGGGAUUCCCGCAAGGGUGGACAAGGACGCAAGGUCUCGCUGCCAGUGCCGGGUGACGAGAUGUCGAGCCGUGACUUUCAGCAGCUGCUAAUGGACUGCCAGCCCGCCACGUUCGGUAAGGGGAACGCGGAAGUCUUGGACGAGGAGUAUCGUAAGGCGGGUAAGAUGGAUGUCACGGAGUUUUGCACCAACUUCAACCUUGCUAGGCAUGGGAUUGUCGACACGGUGACCCAAGCAUUGGUCCACAGUGCGUUUGAAGAGGAAGUAGAGCGCAAUGGUGUGAGAGCGGAGUUAUAUAAACUCAACAUUUAUUCGGGACCGUCGGGGAAAUUCAAGUCUCAUGUUGACACCCCUCGAUCGGAGAAUCAGAUGGGCUCCCUUGUCGUCUGUCUGCCCUCUCCCCACCAAGGGGGUGCCUUGGCCGUACGCCAUGGCGGCCAAGAAGUCCUCUUCGACUGGUCGUCCAAGGACUCCGACUCGAUCCAAUGGGCCGCAUUCUUCUCCGACUGCGAGCACGAAGUCUUCGAGGUCACCGACGGUCAUCGAGUGACGCUUACGUACAAUUUGUACUGGACCAGUUACGGGCCGUCGCUCAUGGCGACCCAUCUGAGCGCUCUGAACCAGUCCUCGUUCCACUUCUAUGCCGCGCUGGAGAAGCUCGUGAAAAGCCCUUCAUUCCUUCCUAAUGGUGGUCACAUCGGCUUCACAUGCACCCACGGCUAUCCCCAUUCCUCGCCAGCCGCUAUCCCCCAUCUAAACCCCAUGCUAAAAGGCCUCGACAUGAUCGUUUACCAAGCCCUCAAACGUCUCCUCCACCACACCGGCGUCCUCGCCGUCCUCGACGGCAGUCACUACGAGCAAUGGCGCGAUGACCACGAGAUGACCGACUCCGAUGACUCCACCCCAUCUGACAAUGGCACCGCCGACCCCCAUGCGACGAACGUCUAUCUGUCUGACUUCUUAUGCGCCCCGAUCGUCUGGGAGAGAUACACGGAGGAAACUAGUCUGGAUCCGGAGUCGGUCACGCAUUCUGUGACGCGGGAUAACGAGACGACAUGGCACCGGGAGAGGGUGUUUCCGAAAGAGCGGGUGACGUGGUUGAAUGGCGACCCGAGGUCGUUUAAAGAGCUGGCUGUUGCCUUUAUGACGUAUGGAAACGAGCCGGGAAUCGAUGCCUACUACUCUGCGGCUGUGAUCGUAUCCUGCCUCCCGACGUAUGAUCAACGUAAGUGAGGAGGCGAGCCUUUGGUGCUUGGGACUGGCGGCGUGGAUCCGCGAGAGUGGAAUAGGUCCGAAAUAUUCGAAUUGAUACUACUCGGACAGAAUAAC